AUGUCCUUACGCUGUUACAGUUUGGACUUCAGUAUGUGUCAAGUUGAUAUGACGCACAACCACAUCCAAUUGGUCCUAAACGCCCCAAUCACUUAUCUAGUAUUUCAAGCCUUCAUUCAUCAUUUGUGGACAGAGAUAUGGGAAGAGGCACCACCAGCCUUCUCAUUCUCCUCUUCAUCAGCCAUCGACAAAGUUAUUAGGAGUGGAAUAGUAUCCCGCGCCAAUCAUGCACUACCGGCAACAACAACGAGCUCUUCUUAAGAUCAACAUGUGCGUCAUAAGAAUGGGCUGAUCAACAUGUUUGUUUUUGCUCUGUUUUUAUAAUGAAAGUUUAAGUUCAUUUGUUUUUCUUUUUUCCAUAACUAAUCUUUUCUUUUUUGUUGAUCAAAUAAAUAUCAAAUUUCAACCCAAAA